AACACAGAAUGAAUUGAUUGAGUGGUUGUUUGGCAGUGACGGGUGGUAGUAGACAACCAACCCUGGCAACAGAGUGUUAGCCGCCAACUACGUGCAAUCGUUGGCCACAAUUGUUAGCCAAAUCACAUUCGCUGCUGAACGCUCACGCGUGAGCAUCCCUGCACCUGCCUCACCGAACGCACUGGACUCUGCGAUACCACCACAAUAGAAAGCAGCUAUCAUUAUUGACAAGGCACACACCGCAACGUGUUGCCAUUAAGUACGCGCGAAACGUACAACGUAUUGCGACGUGCACUUCAAGUAGCCCGUUCGGCACGCGGUCAAUAAAAGCUCAAAUUCAUCUGAACGCACGUCGCGUACGGUCCGUACUCGGACGCAGAGGAUUCAAUUGGAAUUACUAAUCUGAAUUUGCCGAAUUCGGCAGACACAAAAUCACAAAAUCGCAAGUGCCAACCGGAAGGCCACAAAUAACGCCAAACGCUAACCCCUUACUCGUUUCCUCAUUGCAACAAAGCGCCUCCCUUGCUCUUCCUUCGAAAAAAGUUUUUCAGUGAAAAUUGAAAACACAGCCACUUUUGAAAAUCGAUUCAGUGUAUGAAUAGUGCCAGUGUUUAUGUGAAAGUGAAAAAAACGCAAAAAUAGGAUGAUAAAAGAAUAGAUAAGAUAAUGUAAAUGAUACCUUGGUGCUAAAUACCUUAAAACAUAUAUGUGUGUGUGUACAUAGUGCAUAGCAGGAUAAAGCAAAAUAAACUCGAAAUUUGUUAAUGAAAAAAAGUUGUUGUGCUGCGAAAUAAAAUUUAUGAAAAAAUAAAAAAUUAUAAAAUCAUCAUAAUAUGAGCUCAUACUGACAAGCUUAUAAGUGCACAGUGACUCCGGAUGACAUAAUUAGAAACGAAGAAUCAUGAAUACAUGUUAAACAGUUCAUCUAUAAGCCAAAGGGAUAUUUCUAAUCCUUUCGGUCGACCAAACAAAAUAAAACUUUAAGACAAGUAAUCAAUCGAUAUGUUACCCUAUCAAGCUGUUGCCAUGGAUUAUGCUGGCUACCAGCGGCAGCCUACGCCCGGUCAUCCCGGGAAUCACAUGCCAACUAUGGGCUCGCUGGGUAUGCCUGGUGUGGGGGCCGGACCCUUUACUCACUCAUGGCUAAUGCCAACGCAAGACCUUUGCGCUAUGCCAUAUGGCAAAAUGUCUAAUCAACAUCAAAACGGGCCGGGAAUGCACGGCUCUCAGCAACCCAUCGAACCAGGAAUACUCGAGCUUCGAAAGGAAAAAUCUCGUGACGCGGCGAGAUCACGUCGUGGCAAGGAAAACUAUGAGUUCUACGAGUUGGCGAAAAUGCUUCCUCUACCUGCGGCUAUAACAAGCCAGUUGGAUAAGGCUUCCAUUAUAAGACUGACAAUAAGUUAUCUAAAACUAAGAGAUUUCUCGGGACAAGGCGAUCCACCAUGGACUCGUGAGCAGUCGAGUAGUAGCAAGUUAAAAAGUGCAGCCAUUCGACGCAGUCCUGCCGUUGAUUUAUUCGAACAACAUCAAGGCACGCACAUCCUGCAGUCCCUCGAUGGAUUUGCAUUAGCCGUUGCUGCAGAUGGUCGAUUUCUAUACAUAUCGGAAACGGUAUCUAUUUACUUGGGUCUGUCCCAGGUAGAAAUGACAGGAAGUAGCAUAUUCGACUAUGUUCAUCAGGGCGACCAUGCAGAAAUUGCCGACCAAUUAGGCUUAAGCUUGACCAACGGCGGUAUUGCAGGUGGUGGCAACGGCAACGGUACUACUGGCCUGGCGUCUCCCACUUCAGGCGCAUCCGACGACGGCGUUGGCACUCACGGCACAAAUAACCCCGACGUCUCUGCGCAAAUGACAGUGUCCUCCACCAGCGGAUACAAAGGUUACGAACGAUCGUUUUGCAUUCGCAUGAAAUCGACACUAACCAAACGAGGCUGCCAUUUCAAAUCCUCCGGCUAUCGGGUCGUUUUGUUGCUGUGCAAAUUGCGACCGCAGUAUACGUUCUCACACACACGAAAAUCACCGCCUCCUUUGUUGGGAAUGGUCGCAUUGGCAAUCGCCCUACCACCCCCUUCCGUUCAUGAGAUACGUUUGGAAUGCGAUAUGUUUGUAACCCGUAUUAAUUUCGAUUUUCGAAUAGCGCACUGUGAGCCAAGGGUAUCCGACUUGCUGGACUACAGCCCAGAGGACCUGGUUAAUAAAAGUAUGUACAGUUUAUGUCAUGCUGAGGACUCCAUCCGGUUGCGAAAAAGUCAUAUGGAUCUAAUAGAGAAGGGUCAGGUCCUUACCGGAUACUUUCGGCUGAUGAAUAAAAAUGGUGGCUAUACCUGGUUGCAGACAUGUGCAACGAUCGUUUGCAGCACGAAAAAUGCUGACGAACAAAAUAUUAUAUGUGUCAACUACGUUAUUAGUAAUCGAGAGAACGAGAAUCUUAUUUUGGACUGCUGUCAGCUAGAGCCGAGUGUGGAUUGUAUUAAGCACGAAGAGCUUGGCACUGACAAAAAUUCUGGUUCACCAAGUGGCGAUCCCGCACCUGAAGGUCAAGCCGGUAUUGGAAAUGAUGCGAAAGCAUCAUCCCCAAAGGCAGAUAGUGAUGGGCACAACCAGCGUUCCCGUGGACGGUGUUCAAAUUCAGCAGCUAAUACAAACGCCAGUAAUUUAACUUUAGUGAAAGAUAGUCCAAAUUCUAUAAGCGUCGAGAUGGAGAGUGCUGCAAGUUCCCUGCCUGUGACUGUAGCUACACCGGCGACUACGCCUACUACGACAACAAAACGCAAACGAAAACCCAAAGCUUCCAUGCAAAUUGAAGAUAAUAGUGAGGUAAGUACAGUUAGUGCCCCGGCCGCAGAUGCACAGCCGCAAUCGAAAAUACCUGCCAUUGAGAGGGACGCACCACGCAGCCGCCUGCCGUCUACAGUCGAUCAAAUUUCGCAACAGCAGGUACAACAGCCACAGCAAUCACAACAACAACAGCAGCAUUCUGAGGCUUCAGUGAAAGAUUUAGAAAAUGCUAUGUCCAAGCACUUGCCCUCGCCCGGAGUGAACGCCACCGAAGCUGCUCCCGUUGCCACAGAUUUCAGUGCCGACGCACUACUAAAACAACAACAACAUGAAAAAAGCACCACCAUUCAGUGGAUCGGUACACCUCACUAUCAACAACCUGCUCCCAUGCCAGCCACUGCUUUAUUGAGGCAGCUCUACGCGAAUCGAGAGAGUGUAAUUAGAGCAACCGCCCGACAAACACCAACAGGAGUCUUUUACGGUGAACAGCAAAGCGGACCUCUGCCCACACCACCUGGCAGUGAGUCGUCUUACGACAAUCACCAAUAUCUACAACUGCAUCCCGCUCAUCCCCAGAAGUCAUCGUCGGAUGCAUUCACGAAUUUGGUAUCGACAUACGGUGGUUAUCACAGCUCUAUUGAUUAUCACAAUGCAAUGACCCCACCUAGUUCGGUAUCACCACGUGACACCACCAAUUCCCUAAAUGCAACCAAAGCGACCUCACAUAACAGCAACGGAUACGAAUACACCGAUCCGCUCCGUGUUCAAUAUACAACGCCGAACAACACAGGCGAAAGUGGUGGUACACCCGCACUCCCCCUUAAACCACAACCGUAUUCAGCAGCAGCGGCCACCAUGCACCACCCGCACUCCUCAUCCGACGCCACCAACAUUACCUAUAGCAAUCUUGACCAACCUCAAUACUUUACACCGCAUUCCAGCUUUCAUUUGUACCACAAAGGCACACCCACAAGUGGCUGGUACUCGGCACCGUCAUAGGUCAGCUUUCAGGACUGCGAUUUGCAUCAGCAGUUGGGACCUCAACAAGAGCAACAAUUACAACAAACUCAGUUGCAUUCAAAGGAGAGCUGGGAUAUUGUAGGUGCACUUGGCAAAGUUGCAAGAAUGUUCUUCAACGUCCGAAAAGGAAAUUAAUAUCAAUGACGUGUUUACUUACGCAGAUAGGCUUUUGUGUGCCAAGUGUUCCACAAAAAUUAGUAAAUAUGCAUACAUUGCUUGAUGUAGAGAAUUCAAAGGUGGCGCCAUCCGCAAACCGCUACUUUGUUCUUGGCGAAUUUGAAUAUUGCGGAACGUCAAUACAGAAAUUAAACAAAUCUUUGCUUGUAAGACGCAUUCUAUCAUUUUCCUUCAAUUUGCUUUCGCUUAUUCUUCGCUCCUUUCGUUUUUUUAUUUUCUGCACUGUAUCCUAUCAUUCUUAUAUAAAAAUAUACUGCCGAGUUGGUCACAUUACAAAACAUAUACAUUUUACUAAACAUAUACGUUUGUACAAAUGUGUGUAUGUAUAUAAUAUGUGCCAUCCCAAUAAGCAAAAUGUAAUAAAAUAGACUGAAAAUAAAAUUUUGAAAACAUAAGUUUUAAAGUUGGUCGCUUAUUGGUAAGGCCCAUUGCAUAUGCAUACUUACUUGCUUAUGUACAUAUGUAUGUAUGUACGCACAUUAGAGUGCUCAUGAAAUACAUGCAUAUAUAUGUAUAUUGGAAAUGUACAAGCAGAAUUGUGUCGUUUGUCGAUAAAAAAUAAUACAGUAAUUACAUAUGUACAUAUCUACUAUGUAGGUGCAUAUAUCGUAAAAAGAAAGAACACCCGCAAUUUUUCUUUCGAAAUAGAAUGUUGGCUUUUUUAGUCUGCGUGCUCGAACGCAUAGUUUGUGUCCAAAUAUGAGAUUUAAGUAGUUAAAUGCAUGCAUAUGUAUACUCCCGACCUCCCUCGUUCCCUUCAUUCUUCCGCUUCUCAUGAAUGAUAAACAUAGAUGUGCAUAUGAGCUUCCAAAUCUCACCUUUUCAAUGUUCUAAUG